UGCUCGACGCAAAGUGCUGAUGUUUUAACCACAGUUGCAUGGGCAGAAAUGCAUCCAUCCAAUGACGAUCGUUUCCAAAACUAGGAAGAUAUCAUGGGUUGUUUGUUCUGCAAACAAAAGACGGACAUCUGGAAUGACGAUGUCCAGGGGUUUGACAAUUUUGCUCUGGACGAGAGAGAGGUGUCAGGUCGAACUUCGCAGACGUUUGACGUCAUAAAGGCGGCACGUCGUAGACGGUGCUCUAGUGAACGCAGCGGGAUCUGGAUGAACCUUGAUAAACAUAUAUACCUAGGACGUGAUAAUAAAGGGACCCAGACAACUGUGAACACAACGUCAGAGAUGGUUCAGACGAUUGUGAACACUACGUCAGAGAUGGUUCAGACAGAUCAGGUGUGGAAAAUGUACGAUGACAAAGUCACGCAAACUAGUGACAAUAGCAAUGAUACCAACGAUAAUGGUGUGACGAUAAAGCUUAAAUCAAAUAAUGCUAAUGAAUAUGCCACGUGUGAAAAAGUGAAUGGGGUAGAUUUAAAUAUUGUAGAUAGUAUUGAAAUUGUAGCUGAAAACAACCUUACGGAAGAUAAUCAAAAACGCAGUAUUGUGCCUAAUAAUGACGGUACAAAUGAGAGUAAACAUGAAGAAGAUAUUCAAGGAACUACUCCAGGACAGUUCAAAUGA